AUGUUUUGAGUUAUUAUUUCUUAAUCUGUCUUGUCUUUUCUCUCCCACUUUUAUUCCAUAACAACUUUAGAGUACCAUUGCUUAAAAGCUAGAAGAAAACAUGGCAAGUCCACCUGAAAAUUCCGACGAAACGUUUCCGUCUGCCGAUCUUGCCGGAGAAUUGAAUCCUGGAAAAAAUAGGGAGGUUGAAGUUGAUCCUAUAUCUUCUGAGGUUGCUGCCACCAAGGAAAUGAAGGAGGAAGUUGCAGCCACAGAGAAGAAAAAGGAAAUAGAAAAGAAGGAAUGCUUGGAUAAAUUAAAAUCAGCGAUUAUAAUUUCAGGCAUAGUUGUGGCUGUGGUGGGAGCAGCAUUUGCAAUAACCAAGAAACUAAGAGAGAAGUGAUUCUAGAUUCAAAAGAGGAUUGAGAGUAUUAGAAGAUUUAUAGAUAUAUGUUCUUUAUAUUUUGUUUUCAUAUCAAGUUUCUUUCUUUUUGUAUGAAUUGAAUUAGUUGCACAUUUUCAGGUUUUGGAUAUUCUAAAAUACCCAACACAUAAUGUCACCUUUAUUUUGUCCAUAUUAUUGAAGUUCUGAUUGU